CUAAAUCUGAAUUACUGACGUGUAUUAUCGAAAAGUCCAAUAUUUAGUUGGUCAGAACAGCUUGUUCAUGCACUAAAUCCCAUUACCGGAAGAGGGUUUCGCGCGCCUUAGUCAGGAAAAAUACAUGUGUUUAAACCCCUGUAGUAAAUUCUACAGAAAGCUCACAUUUUUUUCGCCCAACUUCUUCAUACUUCUCGUCGACGUCUGCAUUUUCUAUACGUCCGGGCUCUUCAGUGAUCGAGGUAAGCAGAGAAAGCGUUUUUUUUUUAAUUUUGAACUGUGUCCUUUUCAGAGUGAUGCUGUGUUGGGUUAUCGCGAGUCAAGUUUGAUAUCAGAAAUGGAUGCAUCCGGGCUUGUGAUUUCCCGAAAGGAAGAUGUAGUGGAAACGCUGCUGCGUUUAUUGGUGGGGCCUCUCUUGCCAGUAAGUCAUAUCCCACCAGGAGACCCGCCUAUCCAUAAACAACAAUCAGUAGCAAAACAGCUGCAUGCAGUUGUGUUGCUUUACAAUUACUACCACCGGAAACAGUUUCCCCAAGAAGAGCAUUUGGAUUUUGAGGCAUUUUGCAAGUUGGCUGUUACACUAAGGCCAGUUUUAGCUUGGCAUUUGAACUCCAAGCCUCCGUCUAAUUCUGAGGAGUUAGAUGACCGUGAAAAGAAUCUCUCUAUUGUAGAAAGAUCAAUCCAAGAUGCAUGCAACUUAUCUCUCAUUCUAGAUGCAUCCAAAACUAACCCCGUAAUAGAAGGAUGGGAAAUUUCAAAAGUUUCUGUUUUGUUACUGGACCCUGACAAGGAGAACUGUUUUCUGAUGUUUGGUCCUGUCAAUGAAGGGGUUUGGUCUAUUCCUGAAAAAAGUAUCGAAAUCCCCACCAGUGAUUCAAAAGAUGUGAAUAAAAGAAAACGAAUUGGCGGAACAUUGUUAAAAAGGGAACCAAAAACUAGCGAGUCAAGAUUGCAGCAGCUUGCGUUUUUGGCAGUUCAGGAUGCAACAGGUAUUAAACGAGCUGAUCUUACUGUUUUGGGGAAGCACAUUGUAUAUUCUUUAAGCAAAGCAAAGACAACCACCUGCUUUUACAUAAUGCAAUGCACUAAACCAACUCCAAAUUUUAUAAUCUCUCUUAAAGGCACUAUCAAGAGCUUGCAGGGCCCACUGGUAGUGAAGAGGUCUACUUGGUGUUUUACUACUCCUGUUGUUGAGCAUUUUCAGCUGCUUCCUUAUGCCACUAUCUUGUCAGCCUUGCACCCGGGAGAGACUGCCCCAAUCAGUUUGCAAAGUUCAAUUUGCAAAAACACUCCGUAUGCUGAUGAAAAUGCAUCUCUGGAUAUGGGAGAUUCAAACAUCACAAUGUUGGGUUCCACAGAUAACCACAACUUGGUUUGUGAAAUAAAUAAGAACCAAAUAGGGAAUGAGAAUACAUCUUCAAAGAUGGGGGAUACAAGCACCAACAUGUUGGAUUGCUUAGAUAAUGACUGCGACAAUAUGGCAGAGGUAGCUGAAAAAGUAAUUCUUUCAGCAUCUAAGGGAAACUCAUCAUUGCAGACAGCACUUGGUGUCCUCUCCAAGGAAAAUGAGGCACUGUGUAAUAAGAAACGCUGCAUAGAAGAGAAAAUUGCCUUGUUAGACAAAAGUAUCCUUGAAGUCUUAGAUGGAAGGGAAGAUGGUUUGGCACUAGAAAUACAAAAAAAUGACAGUUUUUGUGAUGAAAUGUGCUUGAAGGAAACCCAUAUCCAAGAAGUACAGCAUGCACAUUCUAUAGACUUGGCCUAUCUUCAUCGUGUGAACAGCAGGACAAAUGAAGGUGUUGCUCCCUCACUACGACCUGCAAGCCAGGAAUUGGAUGCUAUUUGUUCUACAAAUGGCUGGAGGCUUCCGACAUAUAGGCUUUCCUCAACCCAUGGUGGUGCUUGUGUUAAGAUUAUGAUAAAAGGAACGAGUUUUGAAUGCUCUUGUGAUGGUGAUCAGCAAUCUGAUUCCUCAGAAGCAAAGGAGUCGGCGGUUGCAAAGCUGAUCUCCAGGUUGGGUACUAUAUCUAACAGAAUUGAUCAUUGAGAGCUUUGGCUAAAAUCAACUAUCUCGCGAUUGUGGUUCAAUCACCAGAUCCCCUUUUCAGCCAACCAUUUGAAUGAUCCAUCAUCGUAUACUGAAGAUUGAAUUAGUUGACAGAUUUUGUUUGACGGCUGCUUCAUGAUGUAAACACCAAUAAUGCCAUAAUGGUUUUGUUCAAUAUGUAUGUAUGUAUGUAUAUAUAAUUGUGAUUGUAGGGAUAUUACUAUCCUAUCAUCUUUAAGUGAGCAGAAAGUAUACUGUGUAAUGUUUUGGUUUGUUUGUAUGGCUAAGGCAUCCUCUGGAGUCUGGACACCUUCAGACUUCUUCUAGUGAGGAGAAAACAUCCCUUUGUUAGAACAACUUGUAGUUUUUUUUGAAAGGAAAGAACUUGUAGUUAAGAAAGACAGUUUUUACAGAUACGAAGGCCCAUGCUAAGGUUGAACGCUUAUGAUGAGAAGGGUAAACAUCAAAUGUGGUUUCAUUUUAG